AACAUGCUCUUUUUCCAAUUUAUGCUCUCGCACUCGUUAAUUGGCUUUUUAUAUUUGGAUGGAUCAAUCAAUCUGAUCCUCCCACACCUUGUCAUUCAAGUGGUAGUGGUGAAAAAGCUUCAGUGGUUGGUGUCAGGUUCAAUAGAGCUAUCCGUCCAUAUUCUUAUACCGAUUGA